UGCAAUGAUGUACCACGUUUAAUGGCAAAUAAAAAAAUAGGCUUAGUUGUAAUUGAUUCAAUUGCAGCAGUUUUUCGAAUUGAAUGUGUGUCACCAAAGAGAUCAAAUAUGAUGCGGUCAAUUGCAUUAACUCUGCAUAAGCUGGCUAAAUCUUAUGAAUCUGCAAUAAUAUGUGUGAAUCAGGUUAGUUCUAAUAUCUACAAUAACUCCUUAGUACCAUGUUUAGGACUUUCUUGGGCUAACUUAGUCACAACAAAAAUUCAACUGCAUUAUGAUUUUGGGAACAAACAAUUUCCUAAUGAAGGGCAGAAAUCUUCCAGAAUUUUUAGAGUUGCAUCUGCACCACAUUUACCACCAAAUUCAAUUUCUUAUGAAGUUACGGAAGCUGGAAUUUCGGGUAAAUAA